AUGCACGCUUCAGUGCCACUGUUCCUUGCUGCCCUCGCCGGUUCCUCGUGGGCAUAUCCAUAUCCCGAGGGCUAUCUCCGGAACAGCACUACCCCAUGUACCACUACCACGACCUCUAUCUCAACUACAACCUCCUCAUGGUCGCCCUCAUCACAAACAACAUCGUCUAGUGCCAAUACGACUACGGCCUGGACCAGCACCUCAUUAAGCUCCGCUUUCUCUAGCUCUUUGUCGACUAAGCCGUGUUCCACAACAACGUCUGGGGUGACCACCACCUCCAGUACUUCUCCAACCUCAUCCACCCCUUGCAGCACCUCACCGCACACAAAGCCGCACGCCAAUUCCACCACCACUACGUUGGUCUCUACAACCACAACCCCAGCCCCCACAGAGACCUGGACCACCUAUACCACGACUGAGUGGAUCACCAAAACAAACUUUGUUCCCUGCUCGACUCCAGUUGCGACUCAGGGACACACAACGUACUAUUCUACGUGGCUGACAACUGAUAUCUGGACUACUACCUCGUGCUAUCCAGUAACCACACACUGGUCCCCAGCACCUGUUCCAGCGAAACCAACCACCACACCGGCUCCUGCCCCUGUUACCGUUAUUCCUUCGGGCUGCCCUGCUGUUGGUACCAAGACUGUCACCGUCACCGUCACCAAACCUGCCCAGGGUGGCUCGGGAACUUACUACCCACCAGACCAGUGCCAUAAAUGCCAGACCAUCACCUACACUGAUGUCUGGGGCUACGUUGUGACAAUCGCCAUCCCAACACAACCUACUCCUACUCCUGUCACGCUUACAACCAGCAGCGUUGUGACCACCACAGCUUCUCCAUCUACCACCAAGGGACACAAUUCCACCACCUCUGCCUGGACUUCAAAACCCACAACCACGACCUCGGUGCUGACAUCUACCAGCAAGGGUUCUAACAGCACCAUCACC